AAUUUUUUAAAGAAGAUACUCGUUUGUAAGGUUGUUGAAAUUUUAUUUUUUUCUAAGGGAUUGGUUCGACACGCUACGGGUCUUGUGUUAGAGUGCGGGAUCUCGUCCCUUAAAUCCAUGGUCUUAAACGACAAACUGGAGUACAAGGAUUUGCCGGACUACUCUCAGGUGCUCCCUCCCGCUUGAUUUUUUGAACGGAUCCAAGGAAUGAAUUUUGCCGAUCUUUAAUUUUAUCGGAAAAUUUUUUUGGGAACACUUCCUCCUUGGAGUUUGUUUAUUCGUUUAGUUUUCUUUUGAAAAUUACACAUUUUCUGAUCUUCCCUACUAUCUUUUCCUACAAGCUUGAGACACUACUCAUUUCCAGGCGAAUUUAUUGCUUCAAACCCAAACAUUUGGAAAGGAAGUACUGUCAUGGAAAUUGGUUCUGGUGUAGCUGCACUUCCUUCAAUGGCUGCUUUACGUUGUGGAGCUUCUAAAGUUGCAUUCACGUCAAUCCGAAACAAUUUGGAAAAGAAUUUUGAUGCCUCCCUUAUCGAAAAUAGUGUCUACUUACUGGGUUUUGAUUGGCAAAAUCCAGAAACUGGAAUUACUGAGUUACUCGAAAAGUCAAUUCAAGUUGAUUAUCUUUUUGGUUCUGAUGUGUUUUAUGAUCCGUGUGUUUUUGAAAUUUUAAUAAAAAUGUUGAGACGGCUAUUUGAUGUCUUCCCUUUAAUGGAAUUUUAUUUUUCCUACCAAAUAAGAGAUUCAGAUUGGACCAUAGAAGAAUUAUUAUUGGAACAAACAACAAAUAAUUAUUCUUUAAUUUCUACACUUAUUCGUUGUGUUGAUACUUGUAAACAUACAAUUUGUAUAGGCAAAAUUAUUAGGUCAAAUUAUUUAUUGGACAGCAAAAUGAUAAGCAAUAAUGAUAAAGAAGAAAUGCAAAAUAAAUGUAGGGAAAAUGAUGGAAAAAUAUUUGCAGGGAUUGAAGGUGGUGCAACUUGUUCAACAUUCGUUUUGAUAGAUUCUCGUGGAAAUUUAUUGCAUCAAUUAAGUGGCGGUCCAGGCUUAAAUUUUCUAUUGGAUGGAGUUGAAAGUACUGCUGACAAAAUUUCGAGAUGGCUUCGUGGGGCAAUUGUUGAAAAGAAUAAGAAGGAGCAUUCAACGUCAACGCCUAUAAAAUUGCCUGUAGCUGCCUUGGGUAUGGGUUUGUCUGGAGCAGAAAAUACAGCAACCAACACCCUUCUAUUGGAAUAUUUGCGUUCACAACAUGGAGAUUUGGCAGAAGCUUUGUUUCUUACAAGUGAUGCUGUUGCGGCUGUUGCUACAUGCUUUGAAAAAAGUGGUAUUGUUCUAAUUGCGGGUACUGGUUCAACUUGUCGUCUUUUGAAGUCGGAUGGUAGCGUGCAUGGAGUUGGUGGUUGGGGACAUUUGGUAGGCGAUGAAGGCGGUGCUUUUUGGAUUAGCAUGAGGUUUUCUUAUAUAUUUUUAUUUUCUGGAUGUCAAAGAAAUAACGGGGUAUCCUUACCGAUACUCGAUUUCGGUUACUGA